AUGAUAAGAACGACUGCUGAUGCACUGAUGCAAACGGCUGUUGGUGCACUGACGCAAACCACCUUCACCGUGCGAUUCGACCAGUGCAAAGAAGUGUUGGCCAGUGGUAUUGUCAUCGAAUUAAUUCGCGAUCAAAACGUGGACGCUAUCAUUGGACCGACAUGCAGUUUCCCUGCGGCAACUGCUGGUGUAAUUUCUGGAUUCUACAAUAUUCCCAUUCUCGUGUGGGGAUUAAGCACGUCUUCCGCCUUGAGCGAUCAGACCCGAUUUCCAACGACAGCAGUGAUGUCUGUGAAUGCCUACAGGGACGAAUGGAGACGUUACUGGCGCCCGCUCGAGGAACUCGAUGAUCAACGGGAGCACAGCCUUGGAGUUGCAAUACGAUCGGUCAUGACAACGUUUGCAUGGAACCAAUUCGCUUUCGUCUACUCCCUUCUUGGCGACCCAGAGAAGUGUGAUGUCAUGAGGACGGAUGUUCAGGUUAUCAUUUCACUCAUUCACCAUUAUUACACCCACGCUCUUCUACACUUCUGCCUUUGA